AUGAUUUUGAAGGUCAAGAUCAACAUCAAUGGACAAGAACUUACGGAUCAUCAUGAUCAUAUAUUCUUCACGGUGUACAAUGUUCGAUGGUACGUAGCACCACUACACGUACAGAAAUUGAUAUUGUUUCUGCUGCAAAGAAGUAGUAGAACUCUCGUUUUUCAGCUAGGCGGAAUGUUUGAUUUGUCUUUAGAAUUUUUUGCCACGGUGAAGGAAUCUUUAGAAGAGCUUCAGCAUGUCUACAAUGAGUUGGAAGAUGAAAGUGAAAUAGCUAUCGUAGAGAAGUAUGGAGAGAGCGCGAAACGUAUUACGGCCUUAAUUGUUUUCCUUCAUUUAUGCAACACAAUUGUUUUUAUGUCGCUGUCAAUUUUGCCGUAUACUCCUGGUAUUGUCUUCAUAAAUGAUUUGCUACUACGUCGCUUACUUCAAAGCGUUAUGCCUGUAUAUUAUGUUAACGAAGAAAAAUAUUUUUAUCUACUUGUACUACAUUUGAAUGCAGCGAUUCAAAUAGGUGGAACUGCAAUAGUAGCAACAGGAACGCUGCUCUUAGGUUAUUUUAAACAUGCCUGUGGAAUGUUUAGAAUCGCCAGUUAUCGUAUCGAGAAAGCACUGAUGAUAAAUAUGGUAAAAAAUAAUGGUUUGAAGAACGAAAUUGUAGACUGUAAAGAAAUUAUUUUUGCGGUAGAUAUUCAUCGUAAAACUGUCAAGUUAGUAUUUAUCUAUUAA